ACAAUCCCGAGAGUCUCCGCCUCUGCAGAGAAGUACGCAUGCGCGUUCUCCAACACGCGCUGCCGUUCUCUGAAGCGCGCAGCAGUGAAGAUGGCGGACAUGGAAAUUGGCUCAGCUAAGAAAGAGAAGAAAAGGAAGUCGCAGCAAAUUUCGUCAGGAGAAGUUGGGGACAUUCAAGAAAGUGGAGACUUCCUCAUCAAACCUGAAUCUAAGGUUGCAAGCUUGGACACAUCGCAGUGGCCAUUGCUGCUGAAGAAUUUUGAUAAGCUCAACAUCAGGACAGCUCAUUACACUCCUCUGCCACAUGGCUCGAAUCCGCUCAAGAGGAACAUACAUGAUUAUGUCAGGUCUGGAUUCAUUAAUCUGGACAAACCUGCCAACCCCUCUUCCCAUGAAGUCGUCGCUUGGAUCAAGAGAAUUCUUCGUGUUGAAAAAACGGGUCACAGUGGCACCCUCGACCCCAAAGUCACGGGUUGCUUGAUUGUGUGUGUGGAGCGAGCCACACGACUGGUCAAAUCCCAGCAGAGCGCAGGCAAAGAGUAUGUGGGCAUAGUACGGCUGCACAAUGCACUAGAGAACGAACACCAGCUAGCGAGGGCUCUGGAGUGUUUAACAGGAGCCCUGUUCCAGAGGCCUCCACUCAUCGCCGCUGUGAAGCGUCAACUGCGAGUGCGGACCAUCUAUGAGAGCAAGCUUAUUGAAUAUGAUCCCGAGAGAAGAUUAGGUAUUUUCUGGGUGAGCUGUGAAGCGGGCACAUACAUCCGUACACUCUGUGUCCAUCUGGGUCUACUGCUGGGAGUUGGCGGUCAGAUGCAAGAGCUGCGGAGAGUCCGAUCUGGUGUCCUGGGUGAAAAGGAUAACUUGGUGACCAUGCAUGACGUGUUGGACGCCCAGUGGCAGUUUGACCACAACAAAGACGAGACUUACCUGAGGAGAGUGAUCUUCCCUCUGGAGAAACUCCUCAUCUCCCACAAAAGGAUUGUCAUGAAGGACAGCGCUGUGAACGCUAUAUGUUACGGCGCUAAGAUCAUGUUACCAGGUGUCCUGCGGUAUGAAGAUGGUAUUGAGCUGAAUCAAGACAUAGUCAUUAUAACUACUAAAGGAGAAGCCAUUUGUACAGCGGUUGCCCUGAUGACGACAGCCGUCAUAUCCACAUGUGACCACGGGGUUGUUGCCAAAAUCAAGAGGGUCAUUAUGGAGCGAGACACAUAUCCACGCAAAUGGGGCCUUGGGCCAAAGGCUAGUCAGAAGAAAAUGAUGAUUCAAAAAGGACUUCUAGACAAACAUGGCAAACCGAACGGCAGCACUCCUGCAGACUGGAAAGAGGGCUAUGUAGACUACAGCACACCGAAGGUGAAAAAGAGUGAAGAUGCUCAGACUGGACCAAAGAGGAAACGUGAUGAGAGUGGAAGUGAAAGUGACGCUGCAGCUGCUGCUCAGGAUACAUCUAAGACAGAGGAAGAAAGCAAAAAGGAGAAGAAGAAAAAGAAGAAAGAAAAGAAAUUGAAGCUAGCAGAGGAGGCAGCAGCUGAGGCUCCGGCAGAGGAUGAAACUGAGGUUACAGAGAGCGCAAAGAAGAAGAAGAAAAAGAAAAAGUCAAAAGAGACUGAGGCUGACUCAGAAUGAACAGACUCUUGUAAUAUUGAGGAGAGAUGACUCAAGCAAAUUUAAGAACAGACCGGUCGAAUGGAGACUCAUCCCUGCCCUCCUGUCAGUCAUGUCUGUUCCAGUGUGAUGGUGGACAGUGGGUUGGUCAAGAUCUAUGGGUUUGAAGAUUUUCUUGUAAAUGGUUGCAGUUAUGACUGCUUGUUUUUUGGUUUUCGUCCAAAUGAAACCCAUAUUUCCUGGGUGUGUUCAUGUAUUUGAAAGGUUUUUUUUUUAUUAUUGUAAAUACAGAAAUUGUAAUCCAGUAAUCAAAUGAAACAUGACUGACUUUUUACAAAAA